AGCCCGGUUCUUUCUGCGGGUCGCGGCCUCGCGGGGAAGCGGCUCCUGAGGCCGAGGAUCAGGAACCGGAGCCGGAGCUCAUGCGAGCGCGACCCGGACCUGCACACGUCAGACAAGGACAUCGUCUGCUCCCACCGCCGCUUUCCUGCAGCGUCUGAGCGCCGACAUGGAGAAGUGAAGGGAGUGACGGUCCGCGGGUUCAUGGACCAGAUGAUCGAGUCCGAUUGUAAACAUUGCAGCUUCGCAGGGGAGGUAGCUGUAUCCAUUUGGGAGGUUGGCAGAUCCAAGGGGUGUCAUGAAGUUUUCAGGACCCUUGGAGAGCCAGAGGCUGUCCGUCCUUUUGGAGAAAGCAGUCUCUAGGGAAGAACAGAUGUGGAAGGUGUAUGUGCCAAAAUACCUAACCAAUCCGGAUACAGAUGUCUCUCCAGCACAGCGGGAUGAGGUGAUUCAAUGGCUAGCUGAGUUGAACAGCAAAUUUCACUUCUAUCCAGAAACCCUUUCUCUUGCCAUCACAAUUUUGGACAGGUUUUUAGCUCUGGUAAAGGCCCGUCCAAAGUAUCUGCGGUGCAUAGCCAUCAGUUGUUUCUUCCUGGCAGCUAAAACCAACGAAGAAGAUGAGAUCAUUCCAUCUCUAAAGGACAUGGUGAAGAAGAGCAAUUGUGGUUGUUCAUCUGCAGAUAUUCUGAGAAUGGAGAGGAUUGUACUGGAUAAACUGAACUGGGAUCUGCACACAGCAACACCUUUGGACUUCCUUCACAUUUUUCAUGCGAUGAUGAUGUCCAGCCGUCCCCAGUUACUCAGCAACCUGCCUAAGAUGACCCCAUCCCAACAUAUUGCACUCCUUAUCAGGCAGCUACAGCAGUGUGUGGCCUGUCACCAGCUUCUGCAGUUCAAGGGCUCUACACUUGCACUGGCUAUCAUCAGUCUCAAGCUGGAAACAUCAAUUCCUGAUUGGCUAGCUCUCACUAUUGAUCUCCUGAAAAGGGCACAGAUCGAUAGCUUACAGCUAAUUCGCUGUCGAGAGCUUGUGGCUGGACACCUAUCCACAUUUCAGCCUUCCCUACCACCUAAUGCGGUAUACAUCUACAACCCCUGCAAGCAAACUAUGGUGCCAUGUGCAAGGGGAGCACUUAGAUUAUAUUCCUCCCCUACCACAGAGCCAGAGUUUGAUGUCAAGGGCACCACCAAGAGAAUUGGCAGUACAACAGCACCCUGCCGACGCCUGCCUGCUUCCUACAGCUGCAAGCAGGCCUCGGCAAAACGUAAAGUAGAAGAGAUGGAAGUGGAUGACUUCUAUGAUGGCAUAAAGCGUUUGUACAAUGAGGAUGGCAGUCAAGAAAUUGUGGGGAUGGAUGCUGUAACCUCUAGCUAUGGCACAAAUCUACAGAUUAAAGAGGGCAGUAUCUCUCCAUGUCCUCCGCUUCAGCCAGUUACAGUCAUCUAACUGGCCAAAGUGGAUAAAGUUUAAGGCUUACGCUAUGUUACAAGGAAGAAGAGUGUUGAAGGGCAUACCUUACCAGGCCGAAAUGAAGUGAGCUACACGUUUUCAUGCUGCUAAUUUUAGUUUAACCAUUUAUUCAAGCACUUAAA